GCACGGACAAACCUCGGGUGCGAUGGCAACGUCCGUGGGGCCGCUGCCGCUUGCUGUGCUCUAUGGCCGCUGCAUGGACUUCCUCACGGUCAAGGAGCGCUGGCAGAGCGUCGCGCUCGUCUCGCACGCGUGGCGCGUCGUGGCCAUGGCCUCGGUCAAGGCCCACAAGCACGUGGACUUCACCUGGUGCCGUGGUGAAGACCAGCUAGAGCACGCCGUUGCAACCCUAUUGAGCGACGUGUCGCACAACGCGUUCGCAGCCGAGCUCCUCUCCGAGCACGUCAACCGCGUCCAGCUGCAAAGCGUCGUCUUGUACGGACCACGUGUGACGCCGCACCUCCUCUCGCGCCUCUUGCAGGGCGUGACGCCACACCAGCUCGAGCGCAUAAGCAUCGAGAGCAAGUGGCUCGAUGCCGCCGGCUUCUCGAUCCUCGCCCAGUGCCACAGCCUUUUGCAGCUCCGUCUCAACUGCAUCAAGCUCUCGGAUGCUGAGCUGGUGCUUAUCGCGACCGGGUGCCCGAACCUGGAGCUCGUCGACAUCGCUGGCUGCUCGCGCAUUGGCGACGACGGCAUUGCGGCACUCGCACGCCACUGCAGGAGCCUGCAAGAGCUCGACGUUUCCAUGUGUAUUCGCGUGACGGACGCCGGCUUUGUUGCCUUGGCGCACCGACCACCCACGCUGCGCCGCCUCGCCGCCAACAAGUGUCUCAAGAUCACCGAGGCGUCGCUGGCCCUCGUCGUGCACGCACAGACGCAGCUGCAGUCGCUGUCGGUCGGCAACUGCCCCAAGGUCCGCGAUCUCUUUCUCGCCACCCUUCGUCCCGAGACGCCGCUCACGUCGCUCGUGCUCAGCGGUUGCGCAAGCAUUUCGGACGCGCCGCUCAUACCGACGGCGCCGCGCGGCUGUUUGAGCAGCUUCUUCCAGUCGCACGGCGCGAGACUGCAGACACUGGACCUGACGGGUCUUGGACAACUCACGUCCGAGACCUUGCAGCGCAUCUCGCUGUGUCCGACGCUCACGCACCUCACGUUGGCCAUGUGCCGGAACGUCACGGACGCCGACGUCGCCGUCAUUGCCGAAGGCUGCCCGCAGCUCCAAGGACUCUCGCUGCACGGCUGCGUGCUUGUGACUGACACUGCGCUCGUGUCGAUCGCGACGCACUGCAAGCACCUGCGCGACGCAUCGUUUGUGUUUUGCUACAACGUGACCGACGUCGGGUUUGUGGCGCUUGUGAAACGCUGCGUGUACCUCACGCACCUCAACGUCAAGGCCUGCAACCUCCUCACCGAGCUCUCGUUCGCUGCUCUCGCCCAGCGCGUCGGCGCCGCCUUCCGGAAGCUCGUCAUUGGGGCGUGUGCGAGCUUGGCGACCACUGCUACGUACGCAGCGCUCGUCAAGCAAGGCCACCCAGACUGCAUUGUCAUGUGGACGUGAGAUCCAGGUCGCGACCCUAUACCUAUAUACUAGUAUAGUACUUAAUCUUAUAUACACAUUCGUUCAUGU